AUGGCUGCAGAAAAAGUGGACAUGUCGUUGGUUCAGCGACUGCGACAUCUGAAUCCCAUGCUCUUGUUUCUUAUGGCCUACAUGUCAAUGUGCUCUUUCAACUUUGGCUAUGAUGUUGGCGUCUUUAGCGGAGUUCAGGCCAUGAACAGCUUUGGACGUCGCUUCGGAGAAUACAAUGACAAACGUGGAGCGUGGGAGUUACCAGCAUGGCUCUCGUCUGUCAUGACCUCUACCCCGUUUAUCGGAAAAGCAAUUGGGAGUAUCUGCUGCGGAUACAUCGCGAAGAGAUGGGGUCGACGGUUUGCAAUCUUUUGCCUGUGCAUUCUCUGCGUCGUAGGCGUAGUGCUGCAAAUGGCUGCGGUUAACUCGGCCAUGUUCACCAUCGGCCGCAUUAUCACUUUUGGCAUGACCGGCAUGGCCAUCGUCGUUGUGCCCAUAUACAACGCCGAGACUUGUCCCCAGGUUCUGCGAGGAAUGUUCAGCUCGACACUGCAGCUAAUGAUCUCUUUGGGCUCGUUGGUGGCGAGCUGUGUCACGUAUGGAACGAAGAACACCGCAGGCGAUGCAGGGUGGAGAAUUCCCACUGGCCUCCAGUUCAUCAUGCCUGCCUUCCUCCUGCUACUAUACCCUCUUAUUCCUGAAUCCCCUCGUUGGCUGCUUCUCCAUAAUCGCCGCGAAGAUGCCUUGGAUAACCUGCGACGACUGAGGCCUGGUACGACGGAGGAGGCGUUACAGUUCGAGAUAGACGCUCUGUUGCGCGUACAGCAGAAUGAAACCCAGGGGAGCUGGGCUGAAGUUUUUAGUCCCUCCAACAGGGUUCGCACCGCAGUCGCAGUAUUUGCCAUGUUUGGCCAGCAGAUCACAGGACAAGCAUUCACGAGUAAAUACGGCGUUGUCUUUUACCAGUCCCAAGGCUUUGGUGACCAGGCCUUCCUCUUCCAGAUUAUUUCCGGCGUGAUCGGGCUCAGUGGGAUUGUCUUCACAUGGCUGUACUCUGACGGCUUGGGCCGUCGGCCUAUCCUGAUGAUCGGAGGUUCUCUAAUGGGCGUGUUCCUCCUGAUUCUUGGUGGAGUUGGUACAAUUGACCAGGGGAGCCUGAACUCCAAUGAAAAAGGCCUCAUGGUGGCAUCACUGAUGCUGUUUGGUUUCUUUUACAGCGUGUCGUGGGCGCCCAUAUCGUAUGUCGUCGUCUCCGAAGCCGCUGCUCUCCAUGUCAAGGAAAAGACCAACGUUCUCGCCUGCGUGAUCUCGGUGCUCACUACCUUUGUCACCUCGUUCACGAUCCCCUAUCUCAUCAACGAGCGCUACGCAAAUUUGGGCGCAAAGGUGGGGUAUGUGUACGGGUCCAUUAACGUCGUAAUGGCGGCCUUGACGUAUUUCAUCAUCCCGGAGCUGAAGGGUCGUACCCUGGAGGAGGUGGAUCAGCUUUUCGCCAGCGGUGCGCCCUUGAGGAAGUUGCACGCGGUACAGACAAGGAAUGCGCAGGAAGUAUAUCAGGAGGAAAUAGACCGGAAGGUACGGCAGAAUGGGUCCGAGGCAGGUGCUAAGAUAGUACUUUAGUCCAGUGCAUCCGUAGAAAGAAAGGCUGAGUAGUGAACAGUUUCCACUCUGUGAUAGGAUUCAGGUAGCCCUCAAUGAUAAGUUGUCAAUCUCUGCCUGUCAAACUACCUCAGGGCCAUCACCUGAUCGUUACGCACCUGUCCCCUUAGGUAUUUUAUCUCUUGUCCAGUUUCUCCCAAGCCCCCUCAUCUCAGCACCGAAGCCGGUCCGCCAAAAUGUUUCCUGAGCUUUACCCAACAACUUAGCAGCUCGUCCCAGCUCUGCAACGCUCACGCUAGUAGCUAGCCCUGUUCAAUCACGAUCAUUAGCCUCGUCACCAUCAGAUCUGUCAAAACCCCCAAUAUCAUAUUCUUCAAGCCCGUGGCGAAACACCAGAAUUUCGAUUUUGCAGGUGUGUCCUGAUCGGCCUCGGUACUUACGGA